AUGCAAUCGUCACCGGUCCGUUUGCCACGUUCAGAUUCGUUCUCAGCAACUACACAUUCGGAUGAAGUUGCUUCACACGUAUUCAAAUCUGAUACUUUUCUACGUGUGGCAAUGACUCUUCUGCCCAUCACUGCUGCCAUUGUCUAUCAAAUGGACGCCCUAUGGCAAUUGCAAGUACGAAAUUUGUACGCCGGUUUAGCGAGUACAAUCUUUCAUAUCUUCUAUUUUCUUCAAUUCUACAUUCAUCUUGAAUGUCACUCGAAAACAGUCACUCACAUGUAUACUUACAUCUAUCAUCUGAUAAUCUGGCUGUUUAAAACUGGAGGUAAUGUUAUCUAUUUUAUUUACCAUCAUCGUGAACAGAAUACUUUUUAUCAAUGUGUAUUUGCUUUUCGAGCAUUACAGGAUACUUUAUUCAUAUCGUCUAUAUGUAUUUAUAAAAUUCGUUCGUACGAACCAAUGAUUUGUGUUCAACAUAAAGCUUUAUUCAGCGUAAUAUCUCGUCUCGAGGUUAUUCUAGCAAUUCUUGUUCCGAUAUUUGCACAAGAAGAUCUUGUCAAGAGAACCGUGGCAAAUAUUAGUUUAUUCAUUCUAUACGAUUUCUUUUCGGUUUAUUAUCAUUUAUUUACACUUCGUUUAAAAUGGGCACUCUGGCUAUUUGUCGUCUUUAUUACGAUCAGUGUGGUGAACGAAUGGCUAUAUUUUGUUAAUCAUCAAUGGCGCAUUUGUGAUCAAAUUAGUAUGGGAUUAGAAUUUCUUGCUGAAUGUUCCUGUUGUCUAGUUAUCGUCUGGCAAUUUAAGUCAAAACUGAAUCCAACGACAACAGAAGCGUAA